CACCCGCCUCCGCCGUUUUGGCCCAUUAGCCAAAGGCGAAUCCGCGUUAGGGACGAAGUUUUCAAUCCGCCGCUUAAGCCGCCUCGAGGCCGGUCAGUCUGGGGGCACUUUGACUUAAGUAGGAGGAGAGCGCCUUCCUGACAUUACCUCAACAACCCCCGGAGCCCUACGAACGCCUAUAGCCACCUCUCCCGACUGAUGUCACACGACAGCGCACGCAGAAUGACUGAACCUGCACUCUGGUACAAUGGGCAAUACCUCUUGGAGAAGGAACCCAGUACCGAUCCCGCGAAUCUAGGAUCCAGGCUCACUAAGGCAGCGGAAGAGGCUCGAACAGCUAAAUGGGAGAUGCUCAUCGCCAACAGGAAGCCCAGAGAGAAGAUCCCUCCUAGACUCUUCGGCAGCCGUGGCAGGUCACCUCCGUUACUGCUAUACGGCUGGACCUUCAACCUAGACUACUUCCUCGAGUACGCCAAGAGACAUGGGCUGACUCUGGAGGUAUCGGAGGAGGCUCGUAAGCGGCUGGGCUGCGCCACAAAGACAUUCAAUUUCGGUGAUGCCACUGAGGAACAUUAUCGAGACGAGCAGCUGCUCCAAGAAAUGUGUCACGCAGCGCGGUUCGUCUCCGUGGGUCACUUAAGACGAUCCACUGGAUUCGUUUUCGAGAUAGGGCGGCCCCUGUCUCUCGAAUGGGACAGGAUUCUUUACGUGUGGACGAACUACGACAUCGAAGAGAAGUAUUUCGGUUAUGGAUUCUCUCGGAAGGGGAGAUUCGAAGCAGCCAAGAAGAUCGUGGACGAGGCGAUGAACGAAUGCCUACCGGAUGGGAAGAAGAGCGAGCUACUGUGGUGGUGGUCCUUCGACAAUGACGAGAAUGUUCUGACUAGCAUAGAUUGAUUAUUCUUAGGCUCGGUGUUAUAGUCCGCCAACAUACGCUGUUUUCCCGCUGUCCUGCUUCUGUUCCCUAACGUCCCCGUCCUGAUCGUCCUCGCUAGAUCACUCGAUGUCGUAAUGCAUGUGUAUAUCGUCGGUGUCUAUGACCGCG